CACGUUCAUCAAAUGUUGCCUAAUUAGCUGGCAUAUAAAAUGAAUUAGCUGGCAUAUAAAGCUAGAAGUUAAGCAUCGGAUAGGCUAACAAUAUCAUGGCGUUUUCCCUGAGAGAUGAUCCUCGAGCUCAUGAACGUUGGGACCCAGAGUCUCCGGCCUUGUCCACUUGCAGCAAUGCAGAAAUCUUCCGUCGAAUGAACACAAUGCUGGGCAAUGCUCUCGAUUUUACUGGCGUGUGCACAACACCAAACACCAAGGGCAAGCGAGACCUCCAGUGUGACGGGAAAGACAGAGAGCUGGCUGCAGUUGGCAGCAGGAUGCUAUUCCCCAACUCCGGUGGUGGAAGUGGCAUGUCUCUCUCCCAGGACAUGUCCUCAACAUCAAGGGGCCUUCCGGAUGUCUCCGACCUGGGCCUGGGGCUCCAAUCUCUCAGCCUGUCCAGCUGGGAUCGUCCCUGGAGCAGCCAGGAGACCGACACACACGCCACUGUUUCUUCACAGGCCCACAGCAGCUCACCCACUGUGCUGGGCAUGUUCAACAGUCCCCUAGGUAACAUCCUGGGUAAGCCCCUGGGUUACCAUCCCAGUGAGGCAAUGGGCACGCCUGCAGACUUCCUGGACAAGUUCCCUGGUAUGGCCCGCAUAGCCAGUCGCCUGGACUCCCGAUCCUUCCUGGACUCGCGUUCAAGCAGCCCUGCUGACUCCGAGACCAGUGGCUUCAGCUCUGGCUCAGACUUGGUCUCUGACCUGCUGUCCACGCUGAGGAUCUCUCCUCCCCUACCACCCUACCUCAUGUCCAGCAUGCAAAAGGAACCGCUGCGCCUCAGCUCUCGCCUGGAACACCAGGACAGCUGCUCUCCUCUGACUCCGCCCUCCAGCACCAGUCCUGGCUCAGCCUUAUCCCGCCGCUGGCCCACCGGCUCCCUCUGGCCUGGCCUGGACCUGCUGGACCAGCCUGAUGAGACCUUCAGCAUCGAAAGGGAGGCUCGUCUUCACAGACAGGCUGCUGCUGUGAAUGAGGCCACGUUCACCUGGAGCGGACAGCUGCCUCCUAGGAACAACAAGAACCCACUGUUCUCCUGCAAGGUCUUCCUUGGAGGAGUGCCCUGGGACAUCACUGAAGCUGGCUUGAUCAACACGUUCAGUGGCUACGGCCCUCUGAGUGUGGAGUGGCCGGGUAAGGAUGGCAAGCACCCUCGCUGCCCUCCUAAAGGUAAUAUGCCCAAAGGUUACGUUUACCUGGUGUUUGAGAAUGAGAAGUCAGUGAGGGCCCUUCUCCAGGCCUGCACCCAGGACCUGCUCCAGCCAGAGGACAACGGGGAGUACUACUUUAAGAUGUCCAGCCGCAGGAUGCGAUGCAAGGAUGUACAAGUGAUCCCAUGGGUCAUCUCGGACAGCAACUACGUGCGCUGUCCCUCCCAGCGUCUGGAUCCCAGCAAGACGGUUUUUGUGGGUGCCCUGCACGGCAUGCUGAACGCUGAAGCCCUCGCCAGCAUCAUGAACGACCUGUUUGGUGGGGUUAUGUAUGCUGGCAUCGACACAGACAAGCAUAAGUACCCCAUAGGCUCUGGGCGUGUCACGUUUAACAACCAACGCAGUUAUCUGAAAGCUGUAUGCGCUGCAUUUGUUGAAAUAAAAACACCCAAAUUCACCAAAAAGGUCCAGAUCGACCCCUACCUGGAGGAUUCCAUGUGUCAGGUGUGCAGUCGCCAGGCCGGUCCCUUCUUCUGCAGAGACCAGGCCUGCUUCAAGUACUACUGUCGUGCUUGCUGGCACUGGCAGCACUCCAUGGACAUCCUGAGUAACCACCGGCCCCUAAUGCGAAACCAGAAGAACAGGGACUCAAGCUAGACGAUGCAGCCCAUGAGUGCAGACGGGGGCCGGAGUAGUGGCCCGCACAAAGGGUGAAGCUGCCUGCCGAGCAGAGCACGAGCGCCAGAUGCCUUCACGCUGUGAGGGCACCACGGCACUCCCACCAGGCACUGGGGAGAACACUGGAAAUGUUCACUAUUGCACUUGCUACAUUUUUGCUGUUUACUUGUUCACAGUUGCACAGUGACCUUCACUCUUAUGCAGUUUCCCAGACUUGUGGCCAGGCAGAAAAUGGGAACCAGCCCAGGGUUCAGAAGACUAAAUGCCUUUUUUUUUUUUCUUAAUUUACAUGUGUUGCAUAUUGAAGAGCGACCGCGCAAGUCUCAUGGCAGAUGCCAUACAGUGCCUUUACUUAUUUUUUUUCAUUUUUUUUUUUUCACCCCCAGUUGGUUGCUGUUUUUCCUGUGCAAGCCAACUGGUGUUUUUUACUUUGGGAGAUGAGUUCGGCUUCAUUUAACCAGUCGCAUUUCAGACAUUUUUACGCAGUUUUUUACUAAUUUGUACACAAACGGUUUUAAGUCAUGACAUGGAAAUUUUGAACAGAAUUCUACCAGGCGGCUUUUUAAUUUUACCCCUUUUCAGUUUUCUCCACCCGUGCAUUUCUCUGGCAGUUGGUGGUUUUCAUAGCCUUUCUCUCCAAAGUUCUUCUUAAUGGACACAUGUUGAAGUAGUUCUUGACCCCUGAUGUGUUGGUCGACAUAAUUUAGCCGGAAGUAUACUAGAUUAGAUCAAGUGUAACAUUUGCUGGACAACUUCAACUAGCGUUCCAUCAUUUUAAAAUCAAAUCUACUUUGGAUCUUACUUUAAUUUGCACUUAAGGAGGGGUCGUAGUGGUUUUUAAUCACUUUUUGUACAUCAGCAGAGGGACUGGCAGUCUUGGGCACACGCCUAGAUUCCAGUGGCUGUUUGUUUCCUGUUGAUUGUAAGAACUUCCACUUUGCUUUAAGUGUACCUAUGGCUUGAGUAGACCUUACUAUGACUCAUCAACCCUGUUCUUUCAUAACCAUCCACUUGUUCCAUUUGGAUGUAAAUUCAUAUUGAGCUGUGUGCCAAAGACAAAGUCUUUUUCUUUAUUCAGUUUGACAUGUUAAGCUAGUUGUCUAAAGCCCAGUUGCUUUUUAGCGUAUUUUGAAAGUCUACCUCAUUGUGGUCUGCCAAGUUCACCGCUACUUAUAGUUGUGUGGAGUAUGUUCUGAAUGGGCACAAUAAAGGUGUUUAAGCAUUACCCUCUGCUUCUGCAAUCUUAU